UCAAGAUGUUAUCUCACGCAGCACGUUCAAUGUCGACCAUGGGGAUAACAAACAAAACGGUUGCCAUUAUCGGCUGUGGCGUGGCCGGUCUGGGAGCUGUAAAGAGCUGCGUAGAGGAAGGUCUUCAACCAACAUGUUUCGAGAGAUCGGAUGGCGUCGGUGGUCUUUGGUACUAUCGAGACAAUAACAAAGGAGAGAUGGUGGCUUCAGUUGCCAGGUCGACUGUCACUAACACCAGCAAGGAAACCAUGUGCUACAGUGACUUCCUUUUUCCCAAGGAGUGGCCGAAUUAUCUCCACAACUCGUACAUAAAGCAGUACUGCGACAUGUACGCUGACAAGUUUGGUCUCAAGAAGCACAUUCGUUUCAUGACCAGAGUCACCCGCUUGGCUCAGGCUCCAGACUACGAGCAUAGCGGGCGAUGGGUCGUCACCACUCGACCCGAAGGAGCAGCUGGCCACGAAGGGGAGACGAGCCAAGAGUUUGACGCUGUUAUGAUCUGUACAGGGAUGUACAACAACCCCUACAUCCCAGAGUUUCCAGGUCUGGAUGAGUUCCAGGGGAAGGUAAUGCACAGCCGGGAUUACCGAAGGCCAGAGGAGUUUGAAGGCAAGCGAGUAGUGGUAGUUGGGAUUGCUAACUCAGCAGUAGACGCAGCCACAGAUGUGAGCCGUGUGACAUCGCAGGUUUAUCUAAGUACCAAACGCGGGGCUUGGUUGACUGGUCGAAGAGGCGGUUACGGCGUUCCUUUUGAUUUGCAGCUUACUCGACGGUACUUCUGGAUCCCUAACAAGCUGAAAUUUUUACUCUUCCGAAUGUCACUUAAGCGUCAAUUUAACUUUGUCACAACAUCAAUCAUACCUUCCCAUCCUCUACUGAGCUGUGAAUUUGUGGUAAACGACGAGCUGCCAACUUGUAUCUUGAAUGGGUCUAUAAUCAUUAAAGCAGCACCGGCAAGGUUCACGAGAACGGGUCUUGAGUUCGAAGACGGCACCCGUGAGGAUGACAUCGAUGCUGUCAUCAUGGCCACCGGCUACCGUUUUAAGUUUCCCUUUAAAGUGGACUGCCCAGCUUUGGAGACGAAGCAGGGCAAGGUACCUCUCUAUAAGCUUCUGUUCCCGCUGGGCAUGAGGCAUAGCACGCUGUCGGUCAACGGGGCAAUUAAACCUCUGGGCUCAGUCAUCCCCUGCUUGGAACUGCAGGCUCGCUGGGCUGCGCGAGUCUUCGCCGGGUUGGCCACGCUACCAGCUCAGCCCGAGAUGGAGGCAGAGGUGCAGAAGUCGGAUGAAAGAAUGAAAGGGCUCUACUUACCAUUCCAUUAUCACGUUGGUUCCAUAUCUUACGAAGACUAUAUUGCCUCUGAAAUUGGUGCCAAACCUAAUUUCUGGAGGCUUUUCUUUACUGAGCCCUUACUAACUCUCCGUUGCCUGUUUGGCCCUCAUGUGCCUUGUAUCUAUCGCCUCGUGGGUCCUGGAAAGAAGACUGAGGAUGCCAAGAGAGCCAUAAGCAAAGUUUGGGAACGUGUUGAGGAACCCUUGAUGACAAGACGCGUAAAGUAGAACGUCAAAUUCUUCUAUCUUUUAAAAUGUUUUGUUUCUGGUAUUGAUUACAUUUUUGAGCUAUCGUUAGUGCUUAAAGCUAAAAAUUGUACUGCACUUGUUGUCUUGUACAAUAGGAAAAUAUUAAAAUUCUCAGAAAUAUUAAAGUAAUAUGAUCAUAUUACAGCCUUAUAAACUAUCCAUCAAAAGCAGCACAAUAUGUGGCCAUUUGGACACUCUCUAGUAGUCCAGCUUGUAAAAGACAUGCAUGAUUUCACGCUACUCUAUUCAAAUAUUGUUUAAAAAAACAAUGAACUUCACUUGCUGUGAAUUUGAAACAACCUUGACACCUCUCGAAGUGGUAACCUUCAAGAAAAGCUACGACAUCAACAUGUUAUUUAAAAUUUUCGGGGUAGUGUAAAUGCAUGCCGAUAAACUAUUUUCGAGCUUUCUUAAUUUUUUAAAGUUUGUUGCUGUAUAAAAGUUGUUGUUUUUUUAUUUCAAUCUGUACUACACUUCUUCGGCGAACAUUGCGGAUAUAAUUAGUAUUUUAAACGUUUAAAUUGUACGUGUAAUUAUUUCGUAAAGACUGAUAUGUAUUCGUCGUUCUGUACGUGGAUUUUGUAUUAAGAAGCCACCCGCGAAACGUUUUACGAGUUCUGUUGAUAAGAAUAUCCCUUUGUCUCGUAAUAGUCUCUUUGACAUGAAACCUUGCCGACCUUUGUUCCACCAAACUCUUGGCUAUAUAUACGCAGUGUAUUUUUCCCAUGCUGUCAGUCACAGGAUCUGGUUCAAUUUGUGUUCUUGGCGGAUCUUAGACUAAUGUGAUGGCAGUUACAGUCCGCCAGCCAGGUUUGCAUAGCGCGCCGGAUUAUCUACAUACAUGAACACAAUGGCCAACGCGUUACAAACUUUAGAAGGCGCACUACUGUGAAUCGCCCGUAUGUAUUACAAUGUGCGUAAGGAAAAGGUUCAACUGAUUUAAAUUUCUACGUUACGACUGUAGUGAGAUAUGACGCACUACUUUUUCAUGUCAUACAAUGCAUGACAAAAACUACUCAAGUUGCUUCGAUCCCACCAUAUCAGGUCAAUGUAACGAUUUCUGUAUUUUUCUGAAUUGAAUAUUUCAUGUAAUUUUUAUCAAAUUUUGGGUGAUUGUAUACAAUUAUUACAGUUAACAGCACAACUAAUUUUUGUAAUGAUUGCAUUUUGUUUAUACACGAAUUCAUGAAUUGCUUCCUUUUUGAAAAUUAUUUUAUCAAAUAAACAGCCACGCUACUGCAUGGUUUCAUGUUUCCGGUUUUUAA